AUGUAUGUAUCUAUCUAUCUAUCUAUCUAUCUAUCUCAGUCUGUUAAUAUCUAUCUACCUAUCAUUGUUUCUUUUUAUCUAUCUAUCUAUCUAUCUAUCUAUCUAUGUCAAUCUUUAGAAGAAACAGAUUUUUUCCCAUUUUUUCUUCCUCUCCGUUUUUUCGACUACAUUCUCUUUCCCUUCUCCCUUUUUCAAUUCUUCAUCACCAUCUUCUUCUUCUUCUUCUUCUUCUUCUUCUUCUUCUUUACUGUUUAUUUUGGAAACUCUCAGUUGGGUAUUUUUGGCCUGCAGUCUGAGAGGCAUCACUCACAAUAUGGAAUGAUGUCUCUCGCAUCAUCAUUCACACUUCUGUCACUUCUAUCACAUCUAUCUAUCUAUCUAUCUAUCUAUCUAUCUAUCUAUUUUAACUGUUCAUUUUUAUCUAUCUAUCUAUCUAUCUAUCUAUCUAUCUAUCUAUCUAUCUAUCUAUGA